UGAGCGAUGUAUUCGCCCACGGAACGCCCGACUCGACCAUGUGGGAGUUCAAGCAUGGCAACGGGAACUUCAAACGAGGUGACAUGAUGGGGCUGCGCGAGAUCAGGCGGCGAGCUUCUCGCCAUGCGCUCGUGCAUAGGGAGUACAACAACCAGAGACCGCAGGCAUCGCAGCCGGGGACCCCCUCGGAGCCCGCGGCGUCCUCGCAUGACGCGACCAACCCGAGACUGACCAACAUCGAGCACACUCUCUAUGACCUGAGCGCUCGGCUGCAGCGCCAUGAGGAGCAUGCACAGCUGAUGCAGGUCAAGCACCAGGCCAUCAUGGACACGGUGGGCCGCCUGCUGCAAUUUAACCAGGAGCUGUCACGCGCCGUUCUGGCCCUCAAUCCCAAUCCCGACAACCCGAUACACCGGGACGUCUCGGCCCUCCAAUCCGAAGUCCAGCGGCACAUGGAGUACUUUCGCUCCCUCGAGGAGCCCCACGAUCAGCUGUUCGCGAGCACCCGCCCCUACUUCUCCAACGUGGAGAACGCCCCCGUCUCCCCGAGGCAAUUACCCCAAGAUGACCCUCGCAGGGCCAAUGUUGCAGCUCCCCAAGCCCGGCAGCCCAAUUACUAUCGCCCGUCGGUACCCUCGAACCUGUCUAUUGGCACCCGCCGUCCAUAUGGGUCAAUAGGCGGGAAUAGCGUCCAAUCCUCGCCGUCGUCCAUCCGCGUCCAGCCCCCGCCGCCACCGCCACCCGGGCCGCAUCCCCUAGCCAACGUCGAGCUCCCGCCUAGCAGUCUCGCCCGGCGACACACCUCGGCCGACAUCCGCGCGCAUGGCUGGCAGCCGAAUCCACCUCCGUUCACGUCAGGAGGCCCUUCCUCCUCUCAGUGGCCGUCCUCCCCGAGCCGCCUAGCGCCCGGUGAUGAUCAGCGCCACCGUGACUCGUUCUCCCACUACUCGCUGCAGCCGCCGUCGCAGCCACACUCGCGCCCCGCGACGCCCCCGCUGCCGCACUUGUCCAACGGCGGGCCGCCCCCGGCGGUGGAUACGUUUGGCAGCUGGUCGUGGAACUCGGCGAACCGAAGUGAUAACCGGAACCUCACGGUCAAGGACCACUCGGCACCGCCGACCAGGAGGGGCAGCAUGGCCCAUAUCCUGAACCCAACCGAUACGGCCGAGCAUCCGGACGAGGACGGGCUGGAUCCGAGGGGGGACGACGACCGAAAACGAAAGAGGCUGCAGUGACCGCCGCCGCCGAUCCCUGAUCCCGCCCCCAUCUGACCGACCUCCGGCUCCGCCUGAACCGCUACACUGCGCAUCCUUACGUUUUAGAAUGUCUUGCUAUCAUUGUAAUCCUAACAGCUUCUGGAAAUCCUUUCGCUUCAUCAUAACUGCUCCGGUCGCAGCCAGUGAAGAUAUCUACAUACUGCCUAAUCAGCCCUCAGCAUCUCGCUACCACCAUGUCUUUCCCAUUCGGACCCCCCUCUUUCGCAUCUGAUUCUUCCUUUAAUUUGAUCGAUCCAGGUUGCCGGUCAGAGCUGGACGUUAUUGCAGUUCUCGUAUGGGUCGCGGUGGUUCUUGAAGGGUCGGCCCCAUCCACGGGUGGUUGGGCGGAGGGAGGGUUUGUUUGGG